UCCAUUUUUGAACUCCUCCUUUACCCAUGUCUCAGCUCCCUCCCCUCCAAAAAGUCCUCGUUACGGGUGGAGCAGGCUACAUCGGCUCGCACGUAAUCUACACACUCCAGAAAACGAGACGAUACAAGGUCAUCUCCAUCGACAACGGCCACAACUCGCACCCCAAUGCACUCGCACGCAUUUCCGCGCUCUCACGCAGCGAACUCCCGGAGAACACCUCGGAGCGGGACAUCGAGACAACGGAGAUCGAGAGCUACAGCUGUGAUCUCACGAGGAAGGAGGACAUUCGGGGGGUGUUUGAGAAGUAUGGCAAGGGCGGCAUAUGGGGUGUAGUGCACAUCGCUGCCUAUAAAGCCGUCGGAGAGUCGACGGAGGUCCCACUCACGUAUUACGAGAACAACGUCGCCGCUACGCUCUACUUGCUCCAGGUCAUGGCCGAGUUCGACUGCACGCGGAUAGUGUACUCGUCCUCGGCGACCGUCUACGGGAUCCCACCCGAGAUCCCGAUAUCCGAAACGACACGGCUGAAAGCCGACAGCCCGUAUGGGAAGACGAAAGUCAUGUGCGAGACGAUCAUGGACGACUUGUGCCAUGCCGACUCGAAGUGGUCUGCUAUCUCCCUGAGAUACUUCAACCCCGCUGGCGCUCACCCAUCGGGGCAGAUUGGUGAAGAUCCGAGGGGACGUCCGGGUAACCUGCUCCCUCUCCUCGCGCACAUGGCCGUGGGGCGAGUGGAUCCGAGGACCUUGCAGGUCUUCGGCAACGACUAUCCGACACCGGAUGGAACGUGUGUGCGUGAUUAUUUGCAUGUUCUCGACCUUGCGGCGGGGCACCAGCUGGCUCUGGAGGCCCUGACGUCGGAGGCGGGGAUCUUCAACGACCCGACCGGAGCGCGCUACAAGGCAUACAAUCUCGGACGAGGCAAAGGCUUCAGUGUGCUCCAGAUUGUCCAGGCCAUGCGCGAAGCCACGGGUUUCGAAUACCAAUACGAGAUCGUCGGCCGGCGCCGAGGCGAUGUGCCAGAUCUGACUGCUGAUCCCGCACUGGCCGAGAAGGAGCUCGGAUUCAAGGCGACACAGGACCUGGAUGUCAUGUGCCGUGACUUGUGGAACUUCCAGUCCAAGAACCCUGAAGGCUACGGAAAGCUGGAAUAGGUAGAAUCUAGAAGCUAUCUUUGUCAUUAGUGCUUUCGGUCUACGCUCUCAUCUAACGCUCGCUGUCUCCACAGACUACUAUAUCCAUCAUCUUUUCAAUCCAAUCCAAUCUAUUCAUGUAUUCCCGA